ACAGAUUACUGCAGAGUCCUCCUCAACUGAAGACUUAUCCAAAACUACCACUGCAGAGUCCUCCCCAACGGCUGCUGCCGUGCACUCUACCAAGCCUUCUUUGAUAUGGACAGAAACUAUAAGAAGACAUCUAGCCCAUAUCCCAAGGCUUGGUGCAGUUCCAAAAAAUAUACAUAUUGCUCCAUCACAAACCCAAUCUAAAUCUUCUUCAAAAGAUUUGGUUACAUUUUAUUACACCCAAACACUUGAUCACUUCAACUAUAAGCCUGAAAGUUAUACCACUUUCCGACAAAGAUAUAUGAUCAACUUUAAAUAUUGGGGUGGUGCAAGUACUAGUGCACCCAUAUUCGUUUUCUUUGGUGCAGAAGAAGAUAUGGAUGACGAUUUAGAAUACAUCGGGUUCCUUACUGACAAUGCCUCUCAUUUCAAAGCCCUAUUAGUAUACAUAGAG